AUGCGAAAGAGACUCAGAGAGGGAGGCAGAGCCCAGCGCAAACAGAGACAAGCUGAAGAGCGCCUGAGACCUUACAUUGGCAGAGUUAAACCAGAAAAGCUUUGUGAGCUGCUGAAAUGCCAUACUCCAGUGGGGUCUUGGUGCCAGGUAGUUCAAGAAAACGGAAUUCUCAUCCCCAAGUGUGUUUGUCCUCAGUCCUGUCCACGGCAGAGGGCACCAGUGUGCAGUGUUGUGGGAAAGACCUAUGAGAAUGAGUGUUGGCUUCAUAAAGAUGCCUGCAGAAAGAGGCGCCGCACCGGACUCGCUCACACAGGACCCUGUCUGGUCCCCAAGGGUAAAUGCACCGAGGAGGAGUUAGGCCAGUUUCCAUAUCGUCUCCUGGACUGGUUUCUGCUCUUGAGUCGUAUGGGGGAAUCCUACGCACCUGCUGCCCCACCCCAGAGCUGCCUGAACCACACCCAGAGGACACAGCUGGCACAAAAAAGAUUUACCCUGUUGGACAGGAAUAAAGAUGGCAAGUUGAGCCGCAGGGACCUGAAGAAGCUGCAUUAUAAGAGGAUGCCUUUGGAGCACUGUGCUACACCAUUUUUUCAGUCAUGUGAUCGUAACAGGAACAGGAAGGUGACCCUCAAUGAGUGGACAGCAUGUUUGGUGGAUCGUUCUGAGGCCUGGUUCUAUCAAUUAAUGUCAAUGAGAAUGGGUUCUGUGAAGUUGUGUCCUACAAUCAAAAGGAACUACCUCUGACACAUCUACUUCUUUGUCCUAUUCCCUCUCAUUACCUCUGGACCACCAUCUCCACCUCCAUCCCCCAUCCAAACACAGAAAGGGCAGUUGCAGAUUGACCCACAUAAUCCUACUUUACCUUCUUCUCACACCAGCCACCGCAGCCGUAAACGCACACCAUCCACCUCCACUCCUACUGUCCUUGCCCCUCCUGUCUCACUUCAUUUGGAUAUUAGAGAUAUCCGUGAGCCACCCACCUCUCUAACCAUGUCCUCUCACCCUCAUCCUUCUCCUCCUCCUCCUCCUUUGGAUGCUGAUCAGUGA